AAAUUCAUUUCUGUUCAGUUGUUCAGCGGAUAUCGAGAAGAGUAAAAGGAUUUUCUAGUUUGUCGCGGCAUUGUCACACGAUUGUAGGUACUAAAAAAGAUUAUCUUUGAAUUAAAUUAUUUUUUUUUCGUUUCUUUUUGAUUGUUCGCUGAUUUUAUAACACUGUGAAAAAAGGAAUAAAAAAAAAAUCGAAUCGCGACAAUAAAUGAACACCACAUGCAAACAAUUAAUUUUGUGAAAGAAAUUUAAGAGAAAAAAAAGAGUCUAAAUCGUGAACACCGUGUAAUUUUCAUAAUUUCACUGAAGUUUAGCUGCAGAGCUUGAUGAUAUAUGAUGCGCGAAAACAGAAAUUGUGGAUUUUGUGAAAUAAAAUGCUGGAAAAAGUUAGAUAAUUGAAAUAAACAUUGUAAGUAAGUGACAUUUGGCUAAGUUCUGUUGUGUCAAACGAAACGUUAUACCCUUCCGCAGAGUGGUGGUUGAACCACUUAUAUAAUAUAGAGAAAUAUUAAAGGGAUUCUUAUUUACCUUGUAUUUUAUAUACUCAAAGAACACGUAGCGCAUACAAUCAUUCGAUAAAUAGUUUUUUUUUUCUCUGACACUGGUCUUGUGUUUGUGUGUGAAAAUCUGAAAAAUAAUUUUCAUUUUCUGCGGUGUGUUUUUUUUUAUUUGAUUUGAUUUGCUUUUGAGUGCGUAAAAAUAUUUCUUUAAAAAAAAAUUAAAUUCUCUUUUUCGGUUCGCACAAUUGAAUUUUUUUUCUCUCUCCCAUCUGGUUCUACGGUCAAUUCGAUUUUGUUUAAUAGAAAAUAAAUAAAUAUCAGAACCGAGUCACUUUCCUUCCGAUUUUGUUGUGGUUUAUUUUGGUUUUUUGUUUUAAUUUGUACAUUCGAGAAAAUUUCAUGUGGUUGUGGAUGAAAAACUACCGACAAGUGACAUUUUGUAACUUGUUCCGCGUACUGUAAUGGUGCUCACCGAGGAUUUUUAUAAAGAGCCCGACCGGCCGAGGCCGCGCAUCGUGUAGCUCUGCCAUGACCCAACUUCCUGGAAGGAUUUGGUCAUCCUGGGGAUGUGUCCAGGCUCUCAUUGUGACCUUGGCCAUCCUAUUUUUGCCACUUCCAGCGAGCGCUUUGGAACCUGGCAUAGAUCUUCUAGAAGCGCUCAACCUCCACAAUAACCAUUCGCAGUACCUCGGCGUCACACAGAUAACACAGGGCUUCACGAUGAAAUACGCUUAUCGUCUCAGCAGUGACAUGAAAAAACGAAAUCUUGUGCUUCCUAUGGUCACAUACCAACGGGCGGCCGAAUACAUACGACGAUCUGCAGAUUUCACAUUUACUGCCACCGUGCGACAGGAACAAUUAAACAUUGGAACGAUCAUAUCAUUCUCACACGGCGAAAAUAGGUAUUUAGAACUUCAAUCAAGCGGCCGAAAAGAUCAAAUCAGAUUUCAUUUUCAAACAACAUCGAAUGGUAUUACAAUGUUUCACGAAGAAGAAUUUUCGUAUCGUUUAGCUGAUUAUACAUGGCACAAGGUUGCACUUUCAGUAAGUGGAACCGAAAUUCAACUAUUAAUUGACUGCCAUCCAUUAUAUAGACGAGUGAUACAUUAUAUGCCAGAUAGAAAUUUUAGUGCUUCCAGUAUGAAAUUGUUUGUUGGACAAAGAGAUUUAGAAAGCCAGUUUCCGUUUAAGGGUGAUAUUGAAGAGGCCCAUAUUAUACCAGGACCUUACGGAUAUUUAAAACAGUGCCCGCACAUAGAACAAUCAUGUCCUACGUGUGCACAAUUUAGCCUUCUUCAAGAUGCAAUAGUUUCAUUACAAAAUAACUUAAUUGAUUUAAAACAAAGGCUAGUGGAUGCAGAGGAGCGAGUGCAGCGACUUGAAUCAUGUGACUGUAAAAAAUCGUGUAAGAUAGAUAAUGUGAUAAGGAAUGAUGGUGAAGAGUGGAAUGUUGAGUGUACUACGUGCAAAUGUCAUCAAGGUGAUAUAAAGUGUGGACCAAUGAAUUGCGGUGUGCCGAAAUGUAAAAAUCCACAACCUGUGGUAGGGGAAUGCUGUCCACAGUGUAAAAAAAAAUGCUACAUAAAUGGAACUGAAUACGACGAUGGUGAAAAGAAGCGGAUCGGUUGCUCCGAUUGUACGUGUAAGGAUGGCAAUAUGGCGUGUCUGAAUUUUUGUACAGAUCUGAAAUGUCCACCGGAACAGCAAAAGAAAACACCAGGAGAAUGUUGCCCGUACUGUCCAGGGGAAGACUAUUGCUCAAAGGGUCACGCAUGUCAUACUAAUGCUACGUGUCUUAAUCUUAACACCAAGUACAUGUGUACCUGUCAUCCGGGCUUCCAAGGAGAUGGGUUUUUUUGCUCGGACAUCGAUGAAUGUGCUCAAAAGGGUGGAGUAAAUGGAAACCACUGUCACCUAAACACCAAAUGUAUUAACAUCGAAGGUGGAUACGUAUGUGAGUGUUUGCCCGGCUAUCGGCAGGUGGACAAAUUCAAUUGUGCCGAAGUAAACGAAUGCUUAACUGGCCAACAUCAAUGUGACAAAAAUGCUGUAUGCACGAACACGCAAGGUUCUUAUGAGUGCUACUGUAAGGAUGGCUACAAGGGAAACGGAACCUACUGUGAACCUUAUUGUGAACAGCCAUGCUUAAAUGGGGGACACUGCUCGUCACCAGGUGUUUGUACCUGUUAUGGUUUUGUUGGUAAUUCAUGCGAACAAGAUUUGGACGAAUGCGCAACUGGUCUAAGAACGUGUAACGAUUCCGCCGUGUGUGUUAAUAUGCCUGGCUGGUCUUAUUGUAAAUGUAAACCAGGCUAUGAAACGCAUGGCAACGAAUGCCGUGACAUCAACGAAUGCUACUACAAUACUCACAGUUGCCAUCCGACGGCGAAAUGCGUGAAUACGGAAGGACAUUUCGAAUGUGAAUGUUCAGCCGACGAUCCAUCGUGUCGUUUAAGUUGUAUGUUCGAAGACGCCGAAAUCAAGGACGGAGAUCGAGUUUUUCCUCGCAAUCAACCAUGUAAGAUAUGUACGUGUCGUAAAGGUGUUAUUUCGUGCGAAGAUCAGCAAUGCAACUGUUCAACAUGGACGGGUAGCAGCGGGCGAGAUAUGUGCUGUCCUCAAUGUGAUCCAAAAUGGUCGUGCCAGCAUCAGGAAUUGAAAAAUGUAGUAUUUAAGAGUGGAGAGCAAUGGAUAUAUCAAUGCCAAACGUGUGAGUGUUUGUACGGUGAAUUCGACUGCUGGAAGUUAGAAUGUCCUCCGUUAACUUGUGAUAAUCCUUUACCGUUAACGUCAGGGGACUGUUGUCAACGAUGCGAGGACGACCCGUGUAGAGGCCCAACAAAUAGUACUUCAGGAAAAACUUGCACAUACAAGGGCCAUACAUACGCAUCUGGUCAGAGUUUUAGUGAUCUGUCCAGUCAAUGUACACAAUGUGCUUGUAAGGUCCCGUACUGUGCCCAACUGGACGGUCGACUUUGCUGUAAUGUCGAUUAUAAUUGUACUGACGAUGAAUCCAGAAGGCCUAAAAGCUCUACUGCAAAUGUUUACCCUAGUAACAGUUAUACAACAUCGAAAACAACGACCCCAGCGAUAUCGCGACGUUCGAAACGUUUAACCACCGCUCUUGUUCGACGACAAGGCGAUUAAAUUUAAAGAGAAAAAAAAUUAAGAAAAUUAAGAAGAAAAAACUUUUUUUUUUUAUUAAUUCCACUAAAUUACCUGUUGUUUAUUUCAUUUAUUCAGAGAAAAAAAACUAAAGAAAAAGAAAUAAAACAGACAAAUGAUAACGAUAGAAUGACGAAAUGAACAAAUAAAAUCGAUAAAUAGGAACAAAAGAAUAGAAAUGAAGAAAAUGGAUUGAGAAAAAAUUGUUAAUUUACAUCUAUCAUCGAUAAAACAACAUAAUUUGAACUAAUCGAAAUUAUCAGACGACGAAGAACUUAACAGACACACACAUUCCUAUACUUUAAACGAUUCUCAUUUCAAGAAGCUGAAUGAACAACAAUUUUCUUUUCUGUUUAAUUACAAUUUUUUUCUUUUGUAUAAAAAGUGUUACAUAGAAAACGUUAAGUUGUUAACUGUAAUCCAAUUAAUGAAAAGAAGAAGAACAAAAAGUAAAUAAUUGAUAGUAAUUAUUUAAAAUAAAACUCUUGUUGUAUAUGUUUUGUAAAUACUAUUAUUUAUACAUAAAGUAAAUUAAAAGGAAAAAUUAAAAUUAAAAACCAAUAAAAAAUGAAUUAAAAGAAAAAUGAAAAUCACAGUUUAGUAACUUUGCUACUUUUAGCGCUAUUCAAUAAAAAGAAAAGAAAAAAAAACAAAUAAUUAAAAGUAAAAAUAAACAAUUAAUUAAAUUUAAACAAAAAAUAAUAUUAAAAGUUUAGGUGUGUUAUAAUUACAACAAAAUAAAUAAAAGAAGAGAAACAUAAAAAUUAAAUAACUUAAAAAAAAACUGAGUAAAACAACAAAACACUUUGCAAAUCAAUGGAUUUUUCAUUCCUUUUUUCGUUUCCAAAUUACUAAAAAAAACCUAAAUCCAAAAAAUGUAACAACAAUUUAUGUCAGUUUUUAGGUUCAAUUUUGAUGUUAUGCGCACUUCAAAUUUACAUUUUGAGCUUUUUGGUGUAAAUAUCACUUGUAAAUAGUUGCAAUUUAUUUAAAAGAACAAACAAAAAAAUGGAAACAAUUAAACGAAUAAACUAACAAUUAAAAAAAAUGAGAAAUUAACAGAAGAAAACUAAAAUAAUUAAAAUUUAGCACAAUGAAUUUUUUCUAGAAAUUAUAAAUUGAAUAGUCUUAUGAAAAACUAAUUAACGAAAAUUACACAAAACAACAACAAAUUAAAAGUUUUCUCAAAUUGACUAUGAAAAAUGCGGCAAUGUUCUUGCCGGAAAGAUACCGGAAAAUUCAAUUAAAAGUUAAAGCCAAAAUAUACUUCUAGAAAUAACGUUAAUCAUAACACUCAUCCAAUUGAAAAUAAAAAUUCUUUUAAGAAAUAAAUUCUUAAAAAUGUUUAAUUAAACUUAACGUUUCAUUUAUCUGACGUAUUAACCUAAAAAGUAUUAAUUCUAACCGUUCGUCUUUGUUUGCUGACCUUUUUUUUAAAUGAACUCUAGUCAUAAUUUUAAAAAAUCAUUUUCUCAGCUUUGUACCGAACUUGAAAAGACAACGAUUCGAUUAUUAAUCCUCCAUUUAUUCAAAGAAAAACUUAAAUUAAAAAAGAAAAAAAUAAUUUUCAAAAUUCGAUGAAAAAAAAUUGGUUUUUCAUGAGCUACUAUUUGAAGUAUACUUGUAUUUAAGUAAUAAUAAAAUUUAGUUCCUUUAGGAGUAUUGAAUAACUCCAGCUAAUGUUAAAUGUUAAACAAAAUGAAAUGAUGAAAAUAAAGAACAGAAAAGAAAUUAGGGAUCUGUUAGAGAAAAAUAUUAAUCUGCAAUUACGAAUCAAAUCAAAUCGUUUUUAUGUAUGAAUCAGAAUUUAAAACCAAAACAUUUGCGAUAAAAUUCAACUUCUUUUUUUCUAAAAAAAAAAAAUACUCUCGGGAAAGCUUAACAACAACAUAAAUAAAAUAUAAAACCAAAUUUACUAUAGCAAUAAAAAUCGAUUUAAAAUUGUAUGAAUAUAUAUAGAAGAAACAAAAAAUUACGACAAAUGAAUCGCACUUCUGUUUUAAAGUAAUGAAAAUGAAAGAGAAAUUGUUUGUUUGGAGAUUUGAACGUUAAAAUAACAGAAAAAAUUAAAAAGAAAAAAAAAUAUUUAACUGAGGUACUUAAUAUAUUUUCCAAUUUAAUGGUACGUAUACAAUGACAAUAAACAUAAUAAAACCCAUAAAAUGUUAUACCAACAGUCUCCCCUUUUUCCCCUCCACAAUAUCAGAAAUAACACACAUAAACUUAUAUUCAUACAGUAUUAAAUCUUAAACGAAAACCGUAAUUCUUCUAGACAAAACCGUAAUAAAGGAAAAUUAUAAGCAAAACAAGCAACCAGUUAAACCAUUUAAUGUUUUACAAAUUCAAUAAACUUUAACAAACAAAAAAAUUCAAUCGUUUUCGCGAUAAUUCCAACCUAAAAAACAAAACCUUUAAAACUAUUGAAAAUGUCUUUUGACCGAAAAAUUCUUAACUUAAAAAACCAAUUAACUUGACUAUUUAGAUAACGAGCCCGUCAUUUUAAAAAUCAAAAGAAUUGAAAAUUCAAUUGGAAAACUAAGAAACAAAAUUAGUGAGAAAAUAGGUAAAAAUCUG